AUGUCGGCGCUGUCGGGCCCGGCCCCUAAUGGCCUGCGCGCCCACGCGCUCAAGGGCUCCGCGUCCGCCAGGCUGGGCCGGAACCUGCGCUUGGAGGUGGGGGCCUUCUCCGUGCGGCCGUACACCCUGAGGAAGGGCGACACGUGGGAGAGCAUCGCCGAAAAGAGAGGCUUCGAGGUGCAGGAACUGCAGAAGCUGAACCACUCGAUCAAGAAGAACGGGCUCGUGGAGGGCACGACGAUUGUGUUGCCGGCCGGGGCGCUGUCCGACAGGGACAAGGAGAUCAUUCAGGGCAUCGGCUGGAGGUACCGCACCUACCCCGUGCGGGCGGGAGAGUCGAUCGAGGCCAUCACCUCGAAGAGGGGGAUCACGAUGGCGGAGAUCGAGAAGCUGAACCCCGACGUGGAUACCAAGAAGUUGAAAACGAACCAGGUGCUGAAGCUGCCGGCAAACAAGUACACUGUCCGUGAGCGGGAGAUGCUGAUGGGUGUGGCAGGGGUACCCACUGAAUUCUUUCAGAGCAAGGGCUUCACAGUUUCCGCCUGUGUAUUGGUUGUCGUGGGUGUGGUCGGCGUCAUCACUUGGUGGAAGGAGCGCACUGACAGCGACUGA